AUGUCGUCUGCUGUAGCAGAACUGGAUAACUAUCUCCAGUCGAUGCUGGCACUCAAGCCACCGGGCGUUUCUGGAUCCAAAAUCAACAGUAUCACAUCGCUCUGCACAGCCAACGUCCAGAAUGAAUCCGUCCUCAUCCAAAAGAUCUACACUCAUUUCAAGAAAGCACCAGGAACACACAAGUUGGGCGUACUCUAUGUCGUAGACUCUGUAACUCGACAGUGGGUAGAACAAGCGCGCAAGGCAGGGCAACCAUCUGGUAGUGCUGCCCCUGAUGGGACCUUCGCCGCUGGUGUUAACAGAGUGACCGAGCUGCUUCCUAUCCUGAUGACUGAUAUCAUAAGCAACGCUCCCGACGAUCAGAAGGAAAAGAUAAAGAAGCUGGUUGACAUCUGGGAACGCGGAUAUACCUUUCCUGCCCCUAUGCUUGCUUCAUUCAAGGAAAAGCUCAACGCUCCUCCAUCGCAAAAUGUCGAAUCUACUACUCCCGAAGGCUCCCCAGCACCCAACUACCUCUCUUUGGGAGGUGCUCAUCAGCCUACCAAUGGCACGAUUUCAUCCACUCCUGCUCAGCAGACGCCCGACACUUCCAGUAUCCUGAAGGCUCUGGCGGAUAUGGCUAAACAGAACACUGCUGCACCUGCUGCACCUGCAGUCGCGGCGCCCGCCAAUCCUCUCAAUGCCUUAAGCCAGCCAGGUACGGUUUUGCAGACCAUGCCGUCCUCUGUAGACCAGGCAUCACAACCCUCAAGCGGGCAGGCUGGUGUAAACCCUUACGCUCCUGGUACCAUGGUCACCCCCUUCACAGCUCUGGGUAAUAUUGUCCAGAACCCAGCCCUAGUGCCCCCUCAGAAUCCAAGUCAGAGCCACACCCCCAAUCCCUUGGCGGCGGCGCAAAACCCGCUAGCCGCGCUAUUGCCGCAGUCGACUGCAGCGCCAACUCAACCGAAUUCGGUAGGACCAGAUGCACUGCAGCAGCAGCUUCAGCUCUUGCAGCUCCUGUAUGCUCAGGGUAUUCCGCAGGAACAGUGGGGCACCGCGCUGCAGAUUCUUAGCCUUUCGAAUGCCACCAAUAUGGGCACGAUGAACCCGGGCCAGGCUCCUCCGUCGUUUAAUCUUACAGCAGGCCAAAACAUCGGCGCUUGGGGCGCCCGCCCGGACUCCCAAUCACGUGACUACGAUCGGGAUCGGGACCGCGAAUACAUGCGCUCGCCGCCAAGCCAGUAUGGUCGUCGUCGGUCGCACUCUCCAGGCUAUGACCGUCGCCGGGAGGCUUCUCCUCCUCGUCGUCGUGACAGUCCUGUUUACGGGGAAUAUCACGGAGAUUCUCCUGGCCGUCGGGGCGGUGAUCCUCGUGGUCGACGCGGCAAUGAAUAUCGUCAGCGCAGUCCUCCCGGCCGCAGACGCCGUUCUCCCUCCCCUUCUCGCAAGGAUCCUGCUCUACCCCCUCCUGGGCCCAAAUUUAUGGAGUGGGAUUACUCCAUUGGUCAAGGAAACAUCAAAGUCUUGAGUCGAACCCUCUUCGUGGGCGGUGUCACCUCAUCCGAAGCUCACCUUCGUUCUUUGUUCAGCAAGUUUGGUGUGGUUCAGACUUGCAUUGUCAACAUUGAUAAGCGCCAUGCUUUCAUAAAAAUGAUCAGUCGUCAAGAUGCUGUGAAUGCCCGGGAUGGAAUGGAAUCAUAUAAGUCUGGUGACAUGCAGCUCAGAACUCGCUGGGGCGUCGGAUUCGGACCCCGUGACUGCAGCGACUAUCAAACCGGCAUUAGUGUGAUUCCCGUCGAUCGACUAACCGAGGCGGAUCGCAAAUGGAUGCUCACCGCAGAAUACGGUGGCACGGGUGGGAGGCCAAUUGAGUCUGGCAUGGUCGUAGAGGAGCCGGACAUUGAGAUCGGUGCUGGUGUUUCCUCCAAAGCGAUCAGCAGAAGAAUUGCCACCGAUACUGGCGGCAAACGCGGCCCUGUCUCCUCCCGCGGGCAGCAGGAUCGAUUCCGGCGUCCAGACCGUGAAGGGCCUCCAGCUGGAAUGGGUGCGGGCCCUGUUCCAGACCGAGAUGUCAACAAUGCAAACAAUGUCGGCGUUCCCCCUGCGGUGCCUGGCUUCGGUUUCUCUUUCCCCACGAUGGGCAUGUUCCCCCCUGGUUUCAUGAUGGGAGGACCACAAGCUGGACCGUCCGGUGGUGGUUCAGCACAACCUCCCCCUCCAGGUCAAUGA